UUCUAGCUUGAUUCAUCCUCUUUCUCCGCCAUACCAUCUUCUCCUUUUUAUUUCACCUGAAAUUCUUCGGAUUCAUCAUCUAACUGUCACUUCCCUCUUGUUGAUCAGCUUCCAAGAUUCUUGGUUUCCACGUACGUGUCAGAGGAGUUUCAGUAUUGUACAUAUAUAGAUCAUUAUAUUCUUUUAGGAAAACAAGUAUCAGAAUUGGGGUUUAGGUAGGUAGCAGUCGAGAAUAAUCAUCGACGGUUUGGAUCCCAUCGGAUGGCGAUGUUCCGUCGCUUAUUUUACAAAAAGCCACCCGAUCACCUUCUCGAGAUCUCGGAGCGUGUUUAUGUUUUUGACUGCUGUUUCUCCGGCAAUGUCAUGGGAGAGGAUGAGUACAAACUGUACUUGGGCGGCAUCGUGGCGCAGCUACUUAAACAUUUCCCAAACGCAUCUUUCAUGGUGUUUAACUUUAAAGAAGGAGAACAGCCUAGUCAAAUAUCAGAAGUCUUGUCUCAUUACAACAUGACGGUUAUGGAAUAUCCUCGGCAGUACGAGAGCUGCCCUCUCUUACCUCUCGAGAUGAUCCAUCACUUCUUGAGAUCGAGCGAGAGCUGGUUAUCUUUGGAAGGUCAACAGAAUUUUCUGUUGAUGCAUUGCGAAAGAGGUGGUUGGCCUAUUCUUGCGUUUAUGUUAGCAGGGCUACUACUAUACAGAAAGCAGUAUCAUAGUGAGCAGAAGACUCUCGAGAUGGUGCACAAACAGGCUCCCAAGGAGCUUCUUCAGAUAUUGUCUCCUUUAAACCCUCAGCCUUCUCAACUCAGAUAUCUUCAGUACAUUUCUAGAGUUGAUUGGCCUCCUUCAGACACGCCUCUUCUUUUGGAUUGCUUGAUUCUCAGUGAUCUUCCACAUUUUGAAGGAAGUAAAGGUUGCAGACCAGUUUUAAGGGUUUAUGGUCAGCACCCUAAAGCUAGAGCCGACAAGAGUUCCAUAGUUCUCUUUUCCACACCAAAGACAAAUACACAAACUCGCCUCUACCAACAGGAAGAGUGUACCCUGGUGAAGUUAGAUAUUCAGUGCCAUGUUCAAGGGGAUGUUGUUCUGGAAUGUACACACUUGCAUGAUGAUUUGGUGCGUGAGGAGAUGGUCUUUAGAAUCAUGUUCCACACAGCAUUUGUACGCAGUGAUGCUUUAGUGGUCCGACGCGAUGAGAUGGAUGUACUUUGGGAGGCUAAGGACCAGUUCCCAAAGGAAUUUAAGGCAGAGGUACUAUUUUCUGGUGCUGAUGCUGUGGUGCCUACUAUCGCAACAGCUCCAAUGUCAGAAGAUGAGAAGGAAGAUAUCACUUCACCUGAAAAAUUUUAUGAGGUGGAGGAGACUUUUAGCCAUGUGAUUGAUGACCAUAAGAUUGACUCAGAUAGUUUUGGGGUUGUUGAUACUGCUUCAGAUGAUUCUGAGGGUAAAGAGGUGUGGAAGGGAGACGUGGAACCCCAUGCGUUUCUAGAUUGUGCAUCUGAUGGUUCAAAUCAUAAACAUGAUGUGCAUGGAGAGGCUAGCACAGAUCCAGUCAAAGAUAUCACUGUUGAUGAUGUACAGUAUAGGCCAGAUGGGAAGGCAGAUACCAAUAUUGACUCAGUGAAGGAUAUAGAAAUAGACGAUGGUGAUGAGCAGCGAGAGAGAAGGACCUUGGAAGCAAAGGAAAAUGAUGUAGAAGGCAGUGAUUCCCCGAAUGAUAUAGAGCCUACAACUCAGGAAACAAAUACCAAAAUCAACAACCCCAUUUCAGAGAAAACACAAGACGGAGCAGCUGCAUCACCUCCUCCACCGAGCCAGAAUGACAGCUUCUUUCAAACACCUCAGAUUCCACCAUCUCCUCCGUUUGCAUUUGAGAGACCAAACAGUGGGAUCAUGUUGCCUCCACCACCUCCUUUUGCAUCUGAGAAACCAAAUAGUGGAAUUAUGUUGCCACCACCGCCUCCUCCUCCUACUCCCCCACCUCCGUUUGCAUCUUCCAGGAGAAAAAGUGAAACCAUGUUGCCUCCUCCACCACCACCUCCACCACCGUGGAAGUCUGUGGAUACUUCGAGUUUUGAAACUCAUGAGACAUGCUCUACAUCUUACGGUUCUCCACCGCCGCCUCAACCACCACCUCCUCCUCCUUUUAGUAAAGCACAUUCAGUGCCUCCACCGCCGCCUCCACCUCCUCCUCUUCCUCUUACUAAAGCACAUUCAAUCAUUCCUCCUCCACCGCCUCCUCCAAGUUAUGAACCUCCAGUUCCUCCACCACCGCCUCCUUUUUGUAAAACUUCUCCUCCACCACCACCACCACCACCUCCAUUUAGCUCUGGUGGACCUCCGCCUCCACCACCACCUCCAUUUAGGUCUGGUGGACCUCCGCCUCCACCACCACCUCCAUUUAGGUCUGGUGGACCUCCCCCUCCACCUCCACCUCCGACACCAAUGAGUGCUCCACCUCCACCUCCUCCUCCGAUGCGUGGAGGAGCCCCACUGCCACCAGCUCCUCCCCCGAUGCGUGGAGGAGCCCCUCCUCCGCCUCCUGGACCAAGACCUCCAGGUGUUGGACCUCCUCCACCCCCUGGACCAAGACCUCUUGGUGGUGGAAGAGGGCGUGGUCUUUUACGUCCAGGUGUGGGGCCGUCAAUUCAAAAAAAGUCUUCUCUAAAGCCCUUAUAUUGGGUUAAAUUAGCAAGGGCCUUGCAGGGAAGCUUAUGGUACGAGUUCGAGAGACGUGGCGUAGGGAAAAUUGCACAAGAAUUUGAUGUAUCAGAAAUAGAGACGCUUUUCCCUGCUACAGUGCCAAAACCGGCUGAUAAAUCUGGAGGUAGAAGAAAACCGAUAGAGGCAAAACCUGAAAAAAUUCAACUGAUUGACCUUAGGAGAGCCAAUAACACGGAAAUUAUGCUUACGAAAGUAAAGAUGCCACUGCCUGAUAUGAUGGCUGCAGUUCUGGCAAUGGAUGAUACUGUAUUAGAUAUUGAUCAGAUAGAGAAUCUUGUAAAGUUUUGUCCAACCAAUGAAGAGAUGGAACUUCUUAAGAACUACACUGGCGACAAGGAAAUGUUGGGAAAGUGUGAGCAGUACUUCCUAGAGCUAAUGAAGGUGCCACGAGUAGAAUCAAAGAUGAGAGUUUUUUCCUUCAAGAUUCAGUUCAGCACUCAGAUUACAGAAUUCAAGAAAAGUUUAAAUGUGGUAAUUUCUGCGUGUGUGGAGGUUAGAUGCUUGCAAGAGUUUAGAUUUUUUUCUGUAGUCCAUAUGCAUUUCUCUUUCUUAGAGGUUUUCUCCUCAUUGCUUGUUAAUCAGAUCCGCACUUCAGAAAAGCUAAAAGAAAUUAUACAAAGGAUUCUUUACCUGGGGAACAUAAUGAACCAGGGAACUGCAAGGGGCGCUGCAGUAGCAUUCAAGUUGGACAGUUUGUUAAAAUUAAACGAUACACGUGCUGUUAACAGCAAUACCACUCUCAUGCAUUAUCUCUGCAAGGUCAUUGCUACUAAGGCGUCAGAUCUACUGGACUUCCAUAAGGAUCUUGAAAGUCUUGAAACAGCUUCAAAGAUACAAUUGAAGUCGCUAGCUGAGGAAAUGCAAGCUAUAUCCAAAGGGUUGGAGAUACUGAAGCAGGAGCUCACUGCAUCCGAAAGUGAUGUUCCUCUUUCUGAAGUUUUCCGUAAAACAUUGAAGGAGUUCAUUUCAUUUGCUGAGGAUGAAGUGGAAACUGUAAAGAGUCUUUACUCUGACGUGGGAAAGAAUGCUGAUUUACUUUCUUGCUAUUUUGGGGAGAAUCCCAAAAACUGUACAUUUGAACAAGUUACUGCAACACUCUUGAAUUUUAUAAGGUUGUUCAAGAAAGCACAUGAAGAGAAUGUCAAGCAAGUGGAGUUGGAGAAGAAGAAAGCCGCAAAGGAAGCGGGAAUGGUAAAGGCCAAAGGAGUCAGUCUCAGAAAAAAAGUAGUUGAUGAUAGCUGACACAAAAACAUAAAUCGUAUUUCUCAAAUCGAACCAGUAUGGUUUUGUAUGCCAGUGGGGGAGGUGCAGUGCGGUUCAAGUAACCUAUCCGCAGAGUGGCACAGAGCGGUUAAAACAGGACCAGAGUCUACUGGGAGCGAGUUUCUCCUGGGUGGGCUAUCGAGGAACCAUUGGAGUAUGAGAGGCAGGUCUUUCCUCCACUCACGUUACAUGACUAACUCCACAUUGAUUAGUUCUAUCUAACUUGUGAAUAAGAAUUAUUUCCUGUUUAUUUAUAUUUUUCUUGUCCUGAUUAGAGGAAUGUGUUGAUAAGAUUGUAAGUGUUGUAUAGGUUUCAGGUUGAGUGAAAGAGAGAUGUAGAGUCUACUGAGUGUGUAACUAUGUAUCAUACCAACAAUAUCAAUGUUCUUUUCAUUAUGUAGACGAAUAAAAACAAAACACUCGAA